AUGCGUGCAGUUCAAUUGCCUGCUCUCGGUUUGCUGGCCAUCUCGGCCGCCGCUUUGACUAUCCCUUCCCCGCAGCAAAUCCUCAAUGCUUUUUCAACCCACGAGUCUGACAUCUGCCCUCUGGCACCUAAGGUUGAAAUACCUCAGGAUGGUCUGCAUUCGGCCUUGAGAUUUGUCGAGGAUGAGGCAUAUCGUCUGCAGCAGGUUAAACGUCUCUCCAGGGCAGUUCAGGUGCCCACGACGGUCAGCGACUACAUGACUGAUCCUUACGACGACGGAUUCGCGCCAUUUUUAAAGUUUCAAGAGCUAUUGGAGUCGUUGUUUCCCCUCACCCACUCCCAAGCCCGCGUAGACCAUAUCAAUCGUCUCGGUUUAGUCUUCACCCUCAAUGGCACCGAUGACUCUUUAAAACCUAUCCUGUUCAUGGCCCACCAAGACGUUGUCCCCAUUGAUGAUGCAUCCGACUGGUCCCACCCCCCUUUCGCCGGCCAUUUCGACGGCCAAUGGCUCUGGGGUCGCGGCGCCACUGACUGCAAAAAUGUCCUGAUCGGUCUUCUAUCCGCCAUCGAAGAUCUUCUGCAACAAAACUGGCAGCCGGCACGCACUAUCGUCCUGGCAUUCGGUUUUGAUGAAGAAUCACACGGCUUUCUCGGCGCCGGCGCAAUCUCCAAAGCUUUGGAGGAGAAAUACGGUCCCGACAGCUUCGAGUUCAUCCUGGACGAAGGUGGAAUGGGUAUCCAGCCUCUCGGCGAUGACGUUGUCUACGCACUCCCUGGUGUAGGCGAAAAGGGCAGCAUUGACAUUAUCAUCAACCUGAAUGUCACCGGUGGCCACAGCUCCAUCCCUCCCAGCCACACUGGCAUCGGUAUCAUCGCCGAAAUCAUCUACGAACUUGAACGUCAAGACCUCUUCCUCCCCGUCCUGAGCGACUCCCACCCAUCCCGUCGCAUGCUCGAAUGUCAAGUCCGCCAUUCCCCAGAUUACGUUGAACCCUGGCUCGCCUCCGGCCUAAAGUCAACCGACCACGUCUCCCUAGCCGAGGCCAUCGCCGUCUCCCGCGGUGAGAAAGUCCGUUUCACCCUCCAAACCUCGCAGGCUGCAGACCUCAUCCACGGCGGUGUCAAGACCAACGCCCUCCCCGAGAAGAUUUCCGCAACAGUCAACUACCGCGUCGCUCUGCACCAAACCCCAGACGAAAUCAAACAGCGCGCCAUCGCUAUCAUCUCCCCCAUCCUCGCCAAAUACAACAUCUCCCUCAGCGCUUUCCCCGCCUCCACCGACGGCCUCCCAACAAUCAACCAUCUCACCCUCAUUACCCUCAGUAAACCCCUCCUCCCGGCCCCAGUUAGCCCAGUCGAUAACUCCGUCUGGUCCCGUUUCUCAGGCGUCACCCGCUCCGUCUUCGAAUCCGCCCCCAGUCUUGCCGGUAAGAAGGUCGUGGUUAGUGGCGAUGUCAUGACUGGUAACACCGACACGAGGUUCUACUGGGCUCUGUCGCGGAACAUCUACCGCUGGGCCCCGGCGCGUGUGGGUCACGCAUUGAACAUUCACACUGUUGAUGAGAGGGUUGACAUUGAUGUGCAUCUUGAGGGUAUUAUGUUGUAUUACGAUCUCAUUCGCGGUUUUGACGCGUGGAGCGACGGCGCGGGAGGCAACUAUGAUCUGUAG